UAUGAGACAAGCACUAGAAUCAGCACAUAAAGGUUGGGGCGUUUCUUGUGUAGUUGGGGUAGCUGGUGCUGGUGAAGAAAUUCGGACUCGUCCAUUUCAACUAAUUACUGGACGUGUUUGGAAAGGAACUUCUUUUGGGGGUUGGAAUAGCCGUGAUGAUAUACCUCUCCUUGUUCAAAAAUGUCUUGAUGGAAAAAUUAAAUUGGAUGAUUUUAUUACUCAUCGCUUUCCUUUUGACAAAAUUAAUGAUGCUUUUGAUUGUAUGCAUUCUGCUACUGAAUGUCUACGAUGUGUUAUUUCCAUUGGGGAGUAA